AUGGCGAGCCCUUUCUCUUCUAGCACCAAGCAUCAAGACACGCCCACCGACCCCGGGAAACCCACCAUAGUGUCCCCACGUGCCAACCCCGACCCAGACCCAGAGGCCCAAAACUACAAUACCUUUGCCUUCCCAUAUGACCCUUCCUCACCAGAAGGGGUUCCUCCCCCGCGGAAACAAGGUGGGGGAGGCAACCUCUCCUUGGUAGUGUUCGGCCUCGUCAUUAUUGGUAUUGUGUUGCUUUUUGCACUUUCCUGA